CCAUACAGAGGUGCGAGAUUUGUUGACACAUUAUUUUGUAACUAAAAGAUUGAGUCUAUUGUCUGCCAACAGAUGGAUUGUUAUUGUUGUGAAUUUCAGUGGUAAUAAAUACAGUUAUUUUUCCGUUGAAAUUCAAAAUUUACAUGUGAUCUAACAGCUUUCAACUUAAUAAUUUAAUUGUUUAUCAGCUGACGAAUUUUUCAAACAUUUGCCGCCUAACUCACGUCCAACAUAACGCGAUUUUGGCGGCAAUCCGUUUUGUCAUAGCUCACGAGAGGUUAAAAAAGAAAUCAGGUGUUAGCAUCCAAAUUUUUUAGAAGUAAUUUUAUUGAUCAGUAUCUGAUACUAAAUGAAAUUUUGUGAAAAUUAUGUCAAGUGUUCAAUAAUAAUUUAGAAGCCAAAAUUUCAGAGUAAUAGUGUGCACUGUUGAUGUUUUCAUUGUUUUUGCAAAAUCAUCAAAACAUUUUUGAUGCCGCUAUAUUAUUAAAAUACGCCGGUACUAAGCAAAAAAAAACACUUGUUGAAGUUAGCCAAUCAUAUUUCUUUUAGACUAUUAUUAUUAUGGAAACUCCUCCAUUUAAUCCAGAGCCAACAAACCGAAUUAUGACAAGGAGUGUAUUAGCUGAAAUACCCACUAGACUUGGACGUUUAUCUAUGACUGAUCCUAAUCAAGGUCGAACUGAUCACCAUGUCAAUAUUAUGAAUACAACAAUUGCUAAUAUGCCUACUUCAAUGAUGACUCCAUCUCCCAGUCCUGAUGAACUUAUAAUACAACAACGUGGACGUCGUAAAAUACCAGUGACUUUUAGCCCUGAUAUUGAUUCUAUUAAACAAAAUAAUCAAGAAACUCCUACAAAAUCAAGCUCUUCUAUUUUGAACAAGAGUUCUAUUGUUCUUAGAAGUACACCACGGAAGAGAUUACUACUUAAUGAUCCAUUAGAGCUAUCUUCACCUGAUAAGUAUAAAAUUAGUUCACCUAAUUGUAAAAAAUUUCGUACUGAAUUUGCUGUUGAACUGCCUGAAGAUAAUUGUAUAUUAUCAGCACUAAAAGCUUUAUCACCAGAUCAGUUAAUUGGCGUUAUUGGACAAAUUGUGAUUGACCACCCAGAGAUCGAAAAAGAAAUAAGAUCUCAUUUUCCAAUUGCUGAUUUAAAACCCUUAGAAGAGCGGAUUUAUUAUUUGCGUCGUAAUAUUUAUAAGGCAUUGCCAAGUAGUCGAUUGAUUUCUAAAACAGAUUCUACUGCAUACAAUAGGGUUUCUACACAUGUUCUAGCAUUUAAAAAAUGUGUAGUUGAUCAAGGAAGACGUUUAGUUGACAGUAAUCAAUGGUCCGUUGUAAUGGAUUAUGUGUUUAUGGCUUGGAAACAUGUUCGUAAUACUCCAGUGUGGGAUAACCCGCCACAUAAUGCUGCACGACGACAAUGCUUCAAGUCAUUGUCUGCAUUGUGUAUGACAGCAUUGAAGCACAUGAAGGAAUCUUUAGACUUGAAUAAACUUGAAAAUUACAAAAGCCAAUUGAAAUUACUAGUUGAUGAUAGUGAAGAUAUAGAAUCAUGUUUGGAGUUUUUAAACUACAAUUAAUUUUAAUUAUUUAUAACAGUACUAGUUUUAUUUGUACUAUACAGUGAUGACUUUUAUCAAGUUACUGGUUCAUGGCAACUGUCUUGAAGUCAAAACUAGUUAUGUAAUAUUAAUUUAAAUACUAGUAAAAUUAUUUUUAUUAUAUUAAUUUAAUGUUUCUAAAUUGUAUGUGAUUAUUAAUUGUGUUUUAUUUUUAAUAAUAAUAAUCUAUUAAAAAAUAAUUUCAUUAACAUUUCCCACCUAUUUAAUAUAUCAAUAAAUUAUUUACAUGCAUUUUAAAUGUUAACACAAUUUAAUAUAAAAUCUAACUUGUUUUUCUUUUUAUAUUUAUUGCACAUUUUUUCACUACUUAAAAAAAAAAAAUUUCUAGCUACCAAUUUUUAAUUUAAAUUUUAGUGUUGACUUGAGUAGUUUUUAUCACCAAAAUGUAUUUCUUUUGGGAAUUACUUUAAUUAUGUUAAAGAAGUGUAUUGAUUAUACACAGUUAUUCGUGAAUAAACCAUUGUGUUAUGUAUGUUUCUUUUUGUGAAGACUGUCAUAAGUACUGUUUAAUAUUUUGAAAGUGAAUGUAAUUGUAAUUAUUUUUGACUGUAUAGUUAAUAUAACUGGCAUAAUUUAUUUUAAGAUUAUAAGAAUAUUUUUUUUUGUUUAAUAUAUGAAUGAAUUUAUUUUGUAAGUGAAAUUAAUCUAUACACAAUUAUCUUCAUAAUAAUCUUAAAUAUUGUAAAAACUUAUUCAUUAAAUGGUAUUUUAUAAAUUAUAAUAAAUAAAUAAAUUGAAGUACAAUUA